CAUUUGUGACACUUUUUCCAUCUUGGGUUCUUGUUUUCAUUUUUAUGACACCAUUCUAAGAAUUUUAGCUGAAAAUACUAAAUCUUUUAUUUCAUUGCUUAAUUUGUCUGCGCUUCAAGCCUGGGUUUUCGUCUUUAUGUGGUUUUGAAGAAGCGAUAUGAAAGACGAGAGCGACAGACAGACAAAGAUAGCUUUGACUAAAGUGAUCCAAGAGAGUCUACGCAACCCAGAAAAGAAGAAUGAGUUCGUACGAGAAGGGACCAUUGAUCUUCUUUCGGAGCUGUGUAGAUCAAAGAAAAGCCGAGAAAUUAAAGCAUUUGCCUUGGCAACCAUGGGUGUACUAUGCCAUGGAAAUCAACCUGCAAAAGAUAUGAUCAUGAAUAUUGGUGGGCUGAGGACUAUUCUGUCGUUAUGUAGCACAGUGGAAGACGGCAGUAAUACUGAUAUCAACACUAGAGAAAAAGAAAGUAGGCUAUUGUCCCACGAGCAGUCUGCAGCAUUAUUACAGAAACUCACCUACAAAGAUGAAAUAUGCCAGGCAGAUCUCGUCACUGCUGGUGCCAUUCGUCGCUUGAUUCAACUCUGUGAUGUAUUUAAUCCUACUGGUUCCCAUAGCAACUGUUGUCAUGUGCCCUCCCAGUACAGUGACAAAGCAAACAAGCUUUUUACUGACCUGACUGUUAAUAAGAAACUUAUUGGAAAAGUUCAUGAGCUAAGUAAAGAAGAGAGCACAAAAGUAAUUCAAAAUCUCAUACAAUCAGAAGCUGAGAUAGAUUGUUUACGCGAAGAACUCAACAAGAUUUACAACAUAGAUCUGUACGACACUAUUACAGAAAAAGAUAUUCACAUAAGUAAUGAAUUAAUAACUAGAGGUAUGGCCUGGCCCGACCUUAAUAGUACUAGUAUCCUACCCAGUGAAGAACGAAACAGUCCUCAGAAGGAGACAAAAGGUAUUGUGUGGAGUGACAUUAGGCUGUCUCAAGUAAUUGAUGCUGGUCACUUCUGGGCUCAUAUCGGUGGAGACUCCAUUGGGAAAAGCAUUACAGCUAUUGACACAUUCCUUAGAUCCCAGGAGUUGGCCCCUUAUCCUGACAUGCCUCAGCCGGGGGACAUGGUGUGCGUACUAGAGACCAUGGCCAGUCAGAAAACCACAUACAGGGCACGUGUCUUGGAUGUAUCAUCAUCGGAUGAAGGCCUGAAGGCAAAGGUUUUUGCUGUGGACUUUGGAUUUACUAAUGUUGUUCCUGGAAUGUCACUCUUUAUUUUACCAAGAGAUCCAGAUAGUCUUCCACCACAGGUUUCUUUGUGUACAUUAUCUGGAGUGCAAGCCAAGCCCAAACAUGCUGCCAUAUUAGAAUAUGCUGCAGGUGCCUUAAGAAAUCUCAGUGAGUCCAACGAGGAUUAUAUAUCAUACAUCUUCAUGUCUAGUGGAAUUGAAGCUCUACUAAAGCUGUGUUCUAUUCCUAACAAGAAGAUUCUUAUCCAAGUUUUGGGUGCCUUGAUGAACAUUUCUCUUGACUUUCGCUACAGAGCUAGGAUUGGAUAUCUUGGGGGUGUAAAGAUUCUUAUGGAUAUUUGUUUACAGUACGAAGAAGAAGAUGAUGUUUUACUAUUAGCCCUUGGUACUUUACAAAAUAUCAUGGUGGCUACUGUUAUUAACCGCAGCCGUACAGCAGAUUGCCAUGGGCUCACUAUAUUUGUACAUCUGUAUCUUAAAACUACUAAUGAGGAAGUCAAGAACAGAGCACUGAGAGCAUUAAAGAACCUGGUAGGAGGCUCAAGCUCAGACUCACCUGAAAGGAAAAACGUGCUUGAUCUUACAGCUGUAAUGGAUGAAUGUCCAACCACUCAGAAACGCUUUUCUUUGUCUGUGACUGGAGAUAGUGAAGAACACUGUAAGUUGAGUCCAAGAAGACUCAGAACAAGAAAAAAGCGCAACCGUGGGAUGAUAGAAGCCAAACCAACCCACAUUUCUCUCUCCAUGGACUGCAUCAAGAAGGCAUCUAGCGAGCUAUCAGAGACAGAUACUAGCUCAGAUGAUGAUUAUGCCGGUAGAUGGACCAGCGAGACAGACGGGGAUACUGAUGGAGAAUCUCUUAUCAAAGAUCUUUCUACAUAUACACCAAGUUACUCAACUCUUGAAUCACCAGGAACUGAGUGCGAGAAUUACUAUGUGCAAACACACCAUAUGCCAUUCGGUGAAGACGAAACACACGAAUUCAGCUCGCAAACAAAUGUUCACAAUAUUUCAAAAAGAAAAAUCAUGAAGUCUCUUUGUGCAUUUCUUAAUAACAAAAAGUGCGGCACCAUAUACAUCGGUGUCCGUGGGAAUGGAGAGAUAUCAGGAGUCAAGGUCAAAAGGAAAGAGCGUGACCUUCUUCGUCUUGGACUGGACGAGAUGAUUGACAUGUUCAAGCCGCCUUUACUACACGAUAUGUACAAGAUCGAUUUUAUACCUGUCGUAAGACCACAAGGAUCAGAAAGUGCUGUGACCAGGAAUUAUGUAGAAGAGCGAUACGUGAUCCAGAUCAGCCUCCUCAAGUGCACGGGUCUUAUUUACACUAUCAAAGGAGGAAAAUGUUAUUUCCGUCACAAGUCAGCAAAUAUAGAGCUCACUACACAAGAGAUACGAGAGAAAACCAUCCAUGAACAAGAAGUUGUGUACAACACAGAAAUAAAACGACUUCGUAAAGAAUUAAAAGGAAUGCGCAAGCAACUUGCAGAACGAACUUCUGGAUCUGACAGCCCCGUGCCCAGCUCCUCUCCAACGUCACAACCAGUUACACCUGAAACAGACAAGAAAUCCCACGAAGAGGUUCCCAUAGCAACAACAGUCCAAGCACGAACAGACCACGUGAAGAAACAAGAUGAAUGCGAAAACCAUGCUUGUGUUGUCAUGUGAUCGAUUUCCUAUCUCUGAUUGGUAGUGGCAGGACACGUGACUUUUUGUAGGUUAGCUUUUGAUUGGGUAUAUUCAGACAUGUGAUUAGCUACAUUUUUAAUCCUUUGAAAUAGUUUUUCAACAUUUAAUGACUUGGCUACGGAUUCGCUUGAGUGGUCAUGUAGCACUGACUCCGAGAUGGGGGAGGCCUCCCACCCCUUCCCCCCUCCCCCACCCCAA